AUAAACAGGCCAUUACUUUCGCAGUUAGACGAGAAGACAAAAUAAAUUUUUGAUUUAUUACACACCUGUGUUUAACCAACGAGGCCGGUGGAAAUCGAAAGUAAAGCUGCAUGGGCCGGGUGGUGUUGAUCUAGCCCAUUCAUUUGCUUGAUUUAAUGCUGAAGGGAUUAUUAGUAGGAUCACUUUGCAAAAGUUUUAGACGUCUUGCGUAUUACUCAUUAACAAGAUCUUUAGCAAAAGGUCAAGCUCAAUUUCUUUCACCAGCAAAAUAUCACCAAAUACCUUUGAUUUUAUCGAACAAAAUGGCUGACGCAACAAAUGAAGAAGGAAAGCCUUUGUCUAAGAAUGCAUUAAAGAAGUUGGAAAAAGAAAGACUGAAAGCAGAGAAAAAAGCAGAAAAGAAGUCUCAAUUAGAAGAAGAAGCUGCCAAACAGUCUACUGAGGAUGUUAGUAAAGGAAGGUAUGGUGAUAUGGAGAUGGUACAAUCUAAAGAAAAAACAAAGAAAGUGUGGACCGACGUUUGUAAACUCGAUUUAUCAAAGAAGGGAGAACGAGUAUUAGUUCGAGCUAGAUUGCACACCAGUCGGGGAACAGGUAAACAAUGCUUUAUAAUGUUGCGCCAGAGACAAUACAGCAUUCAAGCUUUGGUUGCUGUCAGCGAAAAUAUAAGUAAACAGAUGGUGAAAUAUACUUCCAACAUUGCGAAAGAAUCAAUUGUUGAUGUCGAAGGAACUAUUGUGGCAGUUGAUCAGAAGAUUACAAGUGCCAGUCAACAAGAUGUUGAAAUUCAAAUAGAAAAGGUAACAUUGUUUUAAUUGUUAUGUUUUAUUCACUACCUAAAUUUUGGUU